AUGAAUCUAACCAAUACACAACAAAACCACCGCUUGGGAAAAUCUGUGGUAUUUCUGGGUUAUGAAGACCCCUUGGGGAAGGUGCUGCGUGGCACUGCCCUAAGUCUCAAUGUGUUCACAGCUGCUGCUCUUGGCCUCUUCGUGAAGCACCGAGACACUGCCAUUGUCAAGGCCAACAACAGGGCUCUCAGCUACACCCUGCUCAUCUCCCUCACCUUCUGUUUCCUCUGCUCCUUGCUCUUCAUUGGCCGGCCCAACACAGCCUCCUGCAUCCUCAGGCAGACCACAUUUGGAGUUGUGUUCACUGUGGCUGUUUCCACCGUCUUGGCCAAAACGAUCACUGUGGUGCUGGCCUUUAAGGUCACCGCUCCAGGCAGGAGGAUGAGGCAGUGGCUGGUGUCAGGGGUAUCUAACUCCAUCAUCCCCAUCUGCUCCCUGAUCCAAAUUAUUCUCUGUGCAGUCUGGCUGGGAACCUCUCCUCCCUUUAUCGAUACAGAUGCACACUUGGAACAUGGCCACAUCAUCAUCGUGUGCAACAAGGGCUCCCUCACCGCCUUCUACUGUGUCCUGGGAUACCUGGGCUCCCUGGCCCUGCUGAGCUUCACCGUGGCUUUCCUGGCCAGGAACCUGCCCGACGCCUUCAAUGAAGCCAAGUUCCUGACCUUCAGCAUGCUGGUGUUCUGCAGUGUGUGGGUCACCUUCCUCCCCGUGUACCACAGCACCAAGGGGAAGGUCAUGGUGGCCGUGGAGGUCUUCUCCAUCUUCUCCAGUGUGGGGCUGCUGGGCUGUAUUUUUGCCCCCAAAUAUUAUAUUAUUUUAGUAAGAGCAGAUAGACAUUUUUUUGCUUUAGUUCAAAUAUAUUCUAGAAGUAAUAAACCUUCUUAA